UCAGAUUACCUCAUGUCUCAUUCACCGCAGCUGAAGUUAAACACUGAAAGUGUUGAACGAGGAAUCCAGCCCAGUGGACCGUCUGUCAACAGCUCGAGCUGUCUUGAGAAAACCACCGACAACUUAAACAAACGGAGACAGUGGAGCAAGCAAAGAAACGCAUCAGACGACACUCAGCUUCCCAAAAGACAGGAGACCCCCACACACAUGGGGAAGAGCACGGCUGAGGACCUCAGGAGGGUGAGCGUUUGCCCUCCUGAGCUCUCGUCGGAGGCAGAGAAGACGUACGCUGGAGCGAAGUUCAGCGAGCCACCCUCGCCCAGCGUCCUCCCCAAACCGCCAAGCCACUGGGUGGGAGAAGGUGCUCUUCACCAUCCAGCCGUACAGCAGCACUGCAGUAAAGAGCAGAUGUCUGUGCACCUCAAAACCCUGCUGAAGGUCCGAGCAGAACCCUGAGCUCAUAAUGGGACACUUCAGAAAAUAAUACGGACUGGUAACAUCCCGUUCAAGAACUAUUGAACUUUGCAGUUGUUUAGGAAAGCUAAUGUGAGUUAAAGGAAUAGUUCAGCCCAAAAUGAAAUUAUUUACUAGGGCUGGGAAAAAUAA